AUGGCGCCUCCGCCUUCGAACGAGAACAAAGUCAUCGAGGCCAAGAAGUUAGCGAAGUCGGAUCCUGCCCAAGCAGAGAACAUCUACAAGGAGGUCCUAUCACAACCGCCUGGCUCCAAUCCUGCAGCCUUGCAAAAUUACGAGACCGCGCUUGUUGGCCUGGGAGAGCUCUACAGAGAUGGCAAGCGGCCGGAGGAUCUCGCUGAACUGGUGAAGACGAGUCGGUCGACAUUAUCGUCUUUCGCUAAAGCGAAGACGGCCAAGCUUGUGCGGCAGUUACUCGACUUCUUGUCGGAAAUUCCUAAUACGCUCGAAAUUCAAAUCGCGACAACCAAAUCAUGUAUCGAGUGGGCUAACUCGGAAAAGCGAUCCUUCCUCCGUCAAAACCUCGAAACCAGACUGGUCGGGCUCUACAUGCAAAAGCAGGCUUACUAUGAUGCACUCACACUGAUUAAUGGUCUGUUGCGGGAGUUGAAGCGGCUUGAUGAUAAACUGGUCCUCGUGGAAGUGCAAUUACUGGAAUCCCGGGUCUACCACGCUCUCACCAACCAGGCCAAAGCCAAAGCUGCAUUGACUUCGGCAAGAACGUCCGCGGCUUCAGUCUACACUCCACCACUGCUACAAGCUGGACUUGACAUGCAGAGUGGCAUGCUGCAUGCAGAAGAUAAGGACUUCAAUACGGCCUUUUCCUACUUCAUUGAGGCGCUGGAGGGUUACCACGCCCAAGAUGACACUGCUCGCGCCACCUCGGCCUUGCAGUACAUGUUGUUGUGCAAGAUCAUGCUGAACCUGGUGGAUGAUGUUAAUUCUAUUCUCGCUUCCAAGCAGGCGCAGAAAUACGCGGGGACAAGUUUGGAGGCAAUGAAGGCGGUCGCCCGAGCGCAUUCGAACCGCUCGUUGGAGGAGUACGAACAAGCGUUGUCGAACUAUCGCUACGAGCUGGGCAGCGACGUGUUCAUCCGGAACCACCUGCGAAGAUUGUACGAUGCCAUGUUGGAACAGAAUCUGAUCAAGGUGAUUGAGCCCUUCAGUCGAGUCGAGAUUGACCACAUUGCCAAAAUGGUUGGUCUCGACACGCAACAAGUGGAGAGGAAACUGUCCCAAAUGAUUCUGGACAAGGUCAUCGUUGGCGUGCUAGACCAGGGCGAAGGGUGUUUGAUUGUGUACGAAGAGGCGGAGAGAGAUGCGGGCUACGACGCGGCGCUGGCCACCAUCGAGAAACUCAGCAAUGUGGUGGAUGUGCUCUACACAAACCAGGCAGCAUUGUUAGAAUAG